GCUCCGCUAACAGCCCGCACUUCCGGCGGGCGAGGCGCGAGGCGAGCACCGUGGCGGCCUGCGCGAAAAUUUUGAGUUGCGUUCCUCUAGGAUAUGAGAGCUUAGUUCGGGAAGACAGCAGCAUCUCUUGACAAUACAUUUGGCUAUUCACCAUGAGGUUAGGAAAGCCCAAAGGGGGUAUUUCUCGAAGCUCAAGCCAAGGCAAAGCCUAUGAGAACAAGCGUAAGACAUCCCGCCAACCGCAGAAAUGGGGGAUGACCAUUCGAUUCGACUCAGGCUUGAGUAGACGGAGAAGAAACGUGGAUGAGAAGCCUUACAAAUGCACUAGAUGUUCUAAGAGUUUCAGUCAGAGCUCCACUCUUUUUCAGCACCAGAAGAUCCACACAGGGAAGAAAUCUCACAAAUGUGCUGAUUGUGGGAAAAGUUUCUUUCAGAGUUCCAACCUCAUUCAGCAUCGGCGGAUCCAUACUGGGGAAAAGCCCUAUAAGUGUGAUGAGUGUGGAGAAAGGUUCAAACAGAGCUCAAAUCUCAUUCAGCACCAGAGGAUUCACACUGGAGAGAAGCCCUACUCCUGUGAUGAGUGUGGCAGGUGCUUCAGCCAGAGUUCCCACCUCAUUCAGCACCAGAGAACCCACACGGGAGAGAAGCCCUACCAGUGCGCGGAGUGUGACAAGUGUUUCAGCCAGAGCUCUCACCUGAGGCAGCACAUGAAGGUGCACAAAGAAAAGAAGCCGCCACACAAAAGGGGCAAAAAUGCCAGGGCGAAAACUCACCCAGUGUCCUGGAAAGCCGGUAAAGGAAGGAAGGCCGUGGCUGGGCGCCGCCAGGUAAAGGGUGCCGCUUCAGGUCUUUUUAAAAAGAAAAAGUGAAAGAUGGAGGCAAGUG